AUGUUGCGUCGGUUCUUGCAGCGGGUGUUUAGGUUGCUGGAAGAAGCCCAACAGCAGAUCGUGGAGCUCACCAGUGUGAUUGGGCACAAGGGAGAAUUGUUGGCCGAAGAAGGCCGACGAGAUCAAGCAGGAAGCGGGAAGGCCAUCUUUGGAAGUGGGCGCUAUGGAUCGGCAUCUGGACGCUUUGAUUGCUCAGGAAAGGAUGGGUCGAGCGCCUCCAAUCCCAGCAGCUUCGUCGUGUCUCGGCGGACGGUGCCGAGGGGAGGUGGACGAGCUUCAUUGACAACUAUGAAGGACGUAUGUGGCCACAUGCGCGAGUGCAGCUGCGGCAAGACCGAAACCACGUCGAUUGGCAGAGCCUGGUUACCUGAACGAAGAUUCAGUCGGAUUGAUGCCGAGCUUAGCUGGGUAGCCGACAAGGUGUUGAGCUUGGACGACUGGCUGGUAGGUGCCGCCACCCCCGCCACCGAGCAACGGCAGUUUGCCAUCGAUACCCAAAACUCCACCGCCACCGUCAUUGAGGAGGUCUACACAACAUUGAGGGAUAGUGGCUUUGAUGCGCGCCAGGUAACCACAUUGGAAUUCAAUAGCUUCUUGGAGCGUCAAUUGUGGCCGUCCUUCGAUACAAGUGCGAGCCCAGCGCACCUCCUCACAAUUGCUCUUCUGAUCAAUGAGAAGGUGCGCGAUGGGAGCGUGUCGGCAUGGGAUUCCAUCGCUUUGCGCAAAGAGAAGUUUUCCGGUUAUUUCGAAUGCAUGCUGGAACUCUGGACAUCGGGGAAGCUGACACUUCGAGAGAAGUCUCAUGUGCUCCAAUUCUUGAUCAACUGCUUCCAAAGUUUGGAGCAAGAGUUCGUUCGUGAUUGCUGCCUCAGGCUGACUGGUUUGCAGUCCUGGUUCCAUCUCAAUGACCUGCAUAGAGAGAAGCUCCUUUCCAUCAACAAGAAGCUCCCUGCUUUUUGGAAGAAGGUCCAGAAGAAGUAUGCUGAUCCAAAAACGUCUCAAGCAAAGCAUGAACGGAACUUCAUGGCCGAGCUGCUCGACGAGUUCUUGGCUUCGCUGGAAGCCUUUGGAGAUCGACAGCUCAGCGUGGAGGAGCUUUCGUACUUGGAGCGAUGCAUUGAGCUCAUGGUCGACUUGCUAGACCAAUUGCCAACUCGACGUUUCUUCCGGCCUCUUCUUGUGGACAAACACAUUGUUGUACGGUGCAAACGCUCGAAAGUGGCGCAGCUUCCGGAGGCCAGGCUUCUCAAUCAGCUCUUGGGGAUCCUCAGAUACUACGAGAACUUCGAGAUAGAUGACACGACUGGCAAACCUUUGACUAGACGCGAAGUCACUGAUCUUCACUAUGACCGCUUGCAGCUCUUGCAAAGAGUAUGCUUCCAGGAAUUUCCUGAGAAUCCAAGCCUCAAGCAGAUCAUGCUGAUCAACGUUGCAAACCUUGAUACAAGGGAAGCACUGCUGGAGAACUUCACCGUGCUGCCAUUGGAGGUCCUCAAAGUGCUUUGCGCGAAGGUUUGCUAUUUGGAUGUCAGCAAAGAUUCCACACUUGUUGCGAUGGAACAGAAGGUUCUUGAGGCAAUAGCGGCGCAGGAACGAUUGGAAGCUGAGAAAGAGGAGCCAAAGGAACCCAAAAAGAAGAAGCGAAAGAAGAAAGUGAAGACAGAGGAAGAGAAGAGACUGUGCGAACUUUUAGUCGAGAUCUUGGUGAAUAGGUUGGAACGUCCUGUGAUGCAGCAAGAUGAUGUUAUGAAGAUGCCGCUCUACCCCACAGAGGAUCUCAUUUGGGAUCCCAACUUGGUUCCAGAGGAACACUACUCAGGUGACUAUUCUUUGGCGUUGCCCAAGUUGAACCUCCAGAAGGAGAACAACUUCAAAGCUAUUCUCCACACCAUCAGGAGCCUCAUGAACAAUGAAGACACGGUUGUUCCUGACUGGCUGCAUGAUUUGUUCCUGGGUUAUGGUGACCCUGGAGCUGCACAGUACUGGAAAUUGCCGACUGCGCUGAACGAAAUUGACUUCAGAGACUUGUCAAAUUUGAGGGUAGUGACGAAAGAAUCAUUUCCAGAUGCCGAUGACGUUGAUGUGCCAGAGAAUUUGCAGCGGCCCUUCCGCUUGAGCUUCGAAAAGGUCACAGAGAAGACCGAACCUGGAAAGCCUCGAGAGAAUUCCAUCCGGUUUACUCCUGUCCAAGUCGAAGCCAUCCGGUCUGGUGUGAAUCCUGGUCUCACAAUGGUGGUGGGUCCUCCCGGCACUGGGAAGACUGACACGGCGGUGCAGGUGGUAAAUUUGCUCUUCCACAAUUUUCCGGAUCAGAAGAUAGUCUUGGUGGCCCACUCCAACCAAGCCUUGAAUGAUCUCUUCGAGAAGAUUGUGGCCCUGGAUAUCCCAGAAAGAUAUCUUCUGAGAUUGGGUCGUGGCAUUGAGGAGUUGGAUGCCAAGCAGGAUUUUAGCAAGUGGGGGCGUGUCAACCACAUGUUGCAAGGGCCUCAGUCGCACAAAGGUGCAGACCAGGGCCCUAUGCCUAUGGAGGUGGAUCGUCUUCAGCAGAAGGGAAAAGACAAGGGCAAGUCAAAAGGGAAAGAACAGAAGGGCAAGAGCAAGGGCAAAUCAGAGAAGGGCAAAGACAAGGGCAAAGGGAAGUCAGAGGGCGGAGGCAAGAGUGGAAAAGGAAAAGGGGGCAAAGAGAAGGGAAGAAAAGGAAAGAACACUACAGAGGAGAUUCUCGCCUUCGUGAAGUCCUAUGCGGGAAAGAGAGAAGAAGCCAGAGAGCUGGUGGAGGAUGAGCCCAAUCAAGAUGGUGGACGAGAAGGUGGAGGAGAAGCGGCUGGAGAGGCUUGGAGUGCUCGCCCCAAUGGAGAAGAGGCUGGAGGGAUACAAGAGUUUCACCACGAGAUUCGUGCGGGAUUGGAGAGCCAAGCCGAGAACCAAGGACCCAGGAGCACCGAAACAGUGUCUGCGGAGAUCAAGGCUGGUGGACAAGCCCUACGGCUGCUACCGUCCAUCUACCUCAUGAAGAAGGCAGAGGAGGAGCAUGGUGGACUUGAAUACACCUUAGGUCUUGAGGAAAAGGUGGAGAAGAGCAAUGGCAUCAUGAUGAUGGUUGUGGUGGUUAUGGCAUUGAUGAUAGCACCACUGGCGUGGGCGGUGUACAAGCUUUGGGGCAUUGUCGAGGAGUUGAAGACCAAGAUUGCCGACGCCAAGGACAGUGCCUAUGUCAACGGGGUGUCCACCAGGGCCUAUGUACAAGGCAUGCGAGAAGAGAUGAAGGAAAUGAAGAGUUACAGCCAGAAGAUCCAUAGAGGUCUGAUCAAAGCCUCAGGAUACAUCAACAAAGAAGAGGUGAGUGAAGAGGAUUGGCAGCACUGGAACUACAUCCAGCGCUCCAACGAGGGCUUCGACUUGCGGCGAAUCCACGCCCAGAUCAAGGCCUAUAAGCAGGAGAAUGAGCGAGACGAUGGGCCAAUUGACUUGCGGCCCUAUCGCAACACGGAGGAUGAAGAGAUGCAGGAGGAAAGUGAAGAGGAAACCGUAACAGUGCGGCUCGACGGCGGAGAGGUAGUGCAGAUCCCUCUACGUUUUGUAGAGCCACGUGAGCCGGAGAGUGAAGAUGAAGCAGCAGCACCACAGAUGGAAGUGAGCGAGGCACCCCAGGAAGUUGAGUGGGCGGACGAAGAUCUGCCCACUCCGGAGGUCAGAGACCCCACCAUCAAUCAGGCGACAAGUGCCUGGCUUACGCAGGAAGAUCUUGUAGAGUUGAAGGGUUAUGAUUCGGCAUGCGCCCGAUCGGGAUUACGUGCAAAACAGCACAUGCUCAACCUACAGAAGGAAUGGCAGAAGGAUGUGGCAUAUACCUGUGAGAAUGCACAGCACUUUUUCCUGCACCACGUUCAAUACCGCUGGGAAGACUUUCAUCGAAAGCUGAGUAUCGCCGGCAAGAACGGGGUAAACAUCCACAAGGUUUUGUCGAAGCCAGCAACCAAAAAGCGCCGACUGGAAGAGGACGCUGAGGCAGAAGGAUCGUCGAGGCAAGUCCUGCCAUUCGACCACUUGCAGCGGCACAUCGAAAGUCGCAAUGCCGUGGCCUUGUUGUUGAAAGGAGAGACCACAGUGAUUUCCCUGUUGUUCCCCUUCAGCAAGUUCUUUGCAGAUGCUCCACAGCCAUUGUUUCCUGGAGACUCCUAUGAAUCAGACCUGGAGAUCGCAGAAGGAUGCUUUAGGUAUUUCGAAAACAUGUUCAGUGAGAUUGAGGAGUGCCGUGCUUUUGAGCUCUUGCGAAAUAGCAUCCUGGCCAAGAACGGUGUCCAGACAUUUCUGAGGCCGAGCAUUGCUGAAUUGUACAGCUGGCGAUAUCGUGAUUUGGGUAACCUGCCCAAUGUCCUCACAGACGAGAGGUACAGAUAUGCAAAUGCUGGACUGACAUAUCCGUAUCAAUUCGUGAACGUAGAGGACUUUGAGGGUCGCGGUGAAUCACAGCCAACGCCAUACUUCUACCAAAAUUUGGGGGGAGGCAGAAUAUUGCGUGGCACUCUUUAUGUAUAUGCGUUUGAUGGGGAUCCCUGCGGAGAGGAUUUCUAUUUUAUCGACCUACAACGGACAGAAGGCCCUGCUGCGAGAUGUGGUGAGGACAAGGUGUUCAUGGAAUCCACUUUUUGGCGAGCCAGCAAAGAUUACCACUGUCGACAAGUACCAAGGGCAGCAGAAUGAUUUCAUCAUCGUUUCCCUUGUUCGAACACAGCAUGUGGGCCAUCUUCGAGAUGUUCGACGCUUGGUCGUCACCAUGAGCCGUGCACGCUUUGGGCUCUAUGUCUUUGGCAGGAAACUUGUCAGCAUAAACUCGGAGUUUUGCCGAAUGUUGCAGCCUUCAAACCUCACAAAAUGAACACAUGUUGUUUUCCAAGCUGCAAGAGCAAGCUGGUGCAAAGCGACUUCUGGAGGCUGAGACAUGCGGAACCUUGGUGAAGGAUUUGCAACAGACGCGAGGUUCCUUAGAGGGUUGUCAAGUGUAUUUCGAGUCUCAAUGUCGCAAGGCUUUGGAUGAGGUCCACCUCGCCUUGAAGGCACCAAAUCGGAAAAUUUCAGAAAGGUGGAAAGGUCAAAGGAAGAAAGAUGAAGAAAGAUAGAAAAAAGGAAGCUCAGUCUAUUCAAGUUUCAAAGAGAAAGUCUGAGUAACGUAAGAUGAUUGCAGUAUGUUCGCAUGAUGUGCGCAUGAAUUUGCAACAUGCAAAUGCAUCACUUGCAUCAUCCGCAUCAUGCGCAUCACGGGCAUAAACCGAAGAGAAAAGUUGAGAGCCAUUCAAGUGUACCCACAAUCGGCCGGUCGGCGGAAAAGAGACGAAGGUGUCGGCCGACCAAAGUAAA